GAGAAAUAGACACAUAUUGUUCUCUGUAGUUGUGCAGAUUUGAAAGGCAUGUGUCUAAAAGGUGACUUCAUCAAGUACUCGUUAAUAUUAUUAUUAAUAUUUCUUUACGUAAAUGUCGCAAUUGUAAAUAAAACGGGAAAGAUAGCUACCGUGUGUGAAUGCUGUUAAGACCAGAGGCGCAUGCGCAUUGCGCGCGCUCCAGCAAAUGAAACUUUGGCUGAUGAAGACACGAAAACAAGCAACAAGGAUCGAUUACUGAACAUUCGGUCUGAGAGAUGGCCUCUUGCUCUGAGGUUUGUGGGUCUGGUCACGCGGUCGACUCCAGCUGUCGUGUUUUCGGAGUGCGCUCCUAUUUACACCACUUCUACGAGGAGUGCACAGCCUCAAUGAGGGAGCAGCAAGAGGAUUUUCAGGGCCAGAGAUCACCACUGCGGUGGAGCUCAGGCUUCUGGAAGGUCACUCUUGCGGUUGGUGUCGUACUCCUGACUGUGGGGCUCGUGGUCAUGACAGUGGGCUAUGCCAUCCCCACUCGCAUUGAAGCUUUCGGUGAAGGCGAACUGCUGUUCGUGGACCGACAGGCCAUGCGCCACAAUCACUCGCUACACAUAUGUGUUCUGGUCGGGACGGGGCUUCUCAGUCUGGGCGGGUUUCUGAUGGCAGGUGGAAUCCUGAAGUCUAACUUCUCCACAACUCCCACCCAAAAGGAAGACUCAAGAGGAGAACGGAAGGGGGGUACCAGAGUCCUGAGUGCAAUGAGAAGCCCAGCAGACCCUGUAAUGAAGCCUCCCAGUCCAGCCUCUAGUGACGUGUCUCCUCUCGCUAGGGAAGAUAAAGUUCAGCAUUGCUCAUAAAAGAGCUGUUUGAGAGUGCCCGUUCAAGAGUGCUGUCGAAAAAAAUCAGCUGAAGCUCCUUGUUUAUUUCAAUGAGAAAUUUGGGAGUCUUAUUUGUGUUUGAUAAUUAUGUGAUAAGAGCCUUAAAUGAUUAAUUAUUAUACAACAAGUAGAGCAAAUCUGUGCCAUCUGUUGUCCUGUACUUGUAUAGUUAUUGUCAAAAUAAGUUUUGUAUUUUUCUACAUUACAGUAUUGAUCAAAUGAACAGCCACUAAGUGGUUGCAAGGCAGCAAAAGAAAGCUUUUGAGUAAAAUGAUUUUUAAAAAAAUUAAUUAAUACUUUUAUUCAGCAAUUAUGGAUUAAAUUGCUCAAAAGUGAUAGCAAAGACAUUUAUAAUGUUACAUCAGAUUCUUUCACAUAAAUGUGGUUCUUGUGAACUUAAUAUUCAUCAAAGAAUCCUUAAAAUCAUGGUUUCCACUUAAAUAAAAUUAAGCAGCAAAACUGUUUUCAAAAUGUAUAAUAGUAAAAAAAAAAAUGUCAGCAAAUCAGCAUUUUAGAAUGAUUUCUGA